AUCUUUUAGGGGGGCUCAAUGGAAGUUACUUCUGGGAGAUUCUCCUGGAGCUCCUUCUGGGGAUUCCUACAGGAGCCCCGUUUAGAGACUUUUCAAGGACUUUUAAGAAUUUCUCAAGAAGAUUCCUCUGAAGAAUGUUUCUGCAGGAAAUUUCACCAGAAGCUAACUUUAGGGAUUCCUCCGAAUGUAUUUCUUAAGAAGUUACCUUUGGGGAUUUCAAUAAAAGUUCUCUCUGGGAGUUCUUUCAGCAGAAACCUUUUGGAAUUCCUCUAGGAGCCCUCUGAAAUAUUCAAUUAAAGCUUCCUGAUUGAAUUUCCUAAUUAAAUUUCUCAAUGGAAGUUCCUUUCAUUUCUUAAGGAUUUUAACUCCAGGGUUCGUUCCAGGAGCUACCUCUGGGUAUGUCAUUGAAAGUUUUUUGAGUGGAUUCCUCCAGGGGUUCCCUCUGGAGAUCUCGAUAAAGUUCCUACAGGGAAAUUAUCCAGAAGGUCCCUUUGGGAUUCCUCGAGGAGUUCCAUCUGGGUAAUCAGCCUGGUGUUCCUUCUGAGGGUUUCAAUGAUAGUUUCUAGGAGUCUUCUAGGAAUUCUCUAGAUGUCUAGAUCUCUAGAUGUCAGUGGAAGUGUCUGCAAGGAAUUUCUUCAUGAGCUCCAGAAAAUACCGCCAAUGAUUGCUUCAGGAGUAUUCUGUCAGGAGUUUCUUCUAGAGAUUUCAAUAAAAGUUCCUAUAAGGAUUUUUUUUUUCAAGGCGUUCCGCUUGGGAACCCAUCGAGAAAUUCACUAUGAUGAUUCCUCCAGGAGAUGUCUAUGAUGAUUUCUUCUGGAGUACCCUCAAGAAGUUCUUCUGAGAGUCCCUCUGGGGAUUUUUACCCGAUUUUUUUCUGAGGAUUUAUCCAGGAGUUAUUUCUGUGAGUUAUACCAGGAGUUUCGCUUUCUAAGAGUUUCAAUGAAUGUGGAAUAACCUCUAGGAAUUCCUCCAGGAGUCCAUGUUGAAGUUCCGUCUCUACCCCAUUUGACCCAACGCCAUUUGGCACAUUGCGUUUAGCAUACUGUCAUUUGGCAUAAUGGCCAUUUGGCAUAACAAAUAUUAUGCACAUUCUUAUCUAGCAGGCUGUUCUUCGUGUUAUGCCAAACGACAUCACGCCAUAUGGCCAUUAUGCCAAAUCUCCUUUAUUCCAAAUGGCAUUAUGCCAAACGGCGUUAUGAAAAAUGCCGAAGUUCUCUCUAGGGACCUAUAGAGGAUUUGUCUCUGGGUAUUCCUCCUGGAGUUCCUUUUGGGGAUUCUUACAGAAGUUCCCUUUGUGAAUUCCACCAGAAGUUUCCUCUGGAAGAUUUCAAAGGAAGUUUCUGCCAAGAACUUCUCUUGUUGUUAACUUUGGGGAUUUUUCCAGAAAAUACCUCUAAGGAUUCAUCCAGGGGUAUACUUUCUGGAAUAAACUCACCGCAUUACAUAAGAGGUCCUAUAGGGAUGCAUCGAUUCCUUUCGAUAUUGCUUCGAUAAUUAGUCUAUAAAUUUUGUCGGAUUUUUUUUUCUUGGAAUUUUAUUCGGAAAUAUCCUUGCAAUUAUGCCACAAAAGUUCAGCUUAUUGGACGCAGUGGCUUAAUUUCCUCAACAGGGGAGGGAAAAAAUCCUUGGGAUUUCCGUCGAUUAUUUGAUCGUUAAUAUAUUCGGCGAUCCCCUCGUGACUUGCUUCCGUGUUCAGCACUUUCUUUUAAAAUUCCGUGUGACAAACAAAUGAAACAUCGUUCAGCAAUUCUCUUCAAAUCUUUUUCGAAAAUUUCGUAAGAAGUUUUUGACGUAAACUACGUCUAAGGGGAAGGUACGGUACUGUACCACGGCACCGGGUGCAAAAUGAAAAUCUAAAAUUUUGCGACCGUCACGAAAUUGCAACAGAUUUCAAACGCUAAUAACUCAAAAAGUAAUCGAUGGAUUUUCCGGAUUAUAGCUCGAAUCGAUGGGAAAACUGCACAACAAUUUUCUACAAUACACAGAAGUUACUAUUUUCAAUUCUAAACUAUUGAAAAUUUGGAAAUAGUGAACCCAUGUUUUAAUUUUAUCCAGCCAAUCACGUGCAAGCACGUUUUUUGGGUUUUUCGCUGCGGUAUAAAAGCAUCCUGCUUCUUCUCAUCUUCCAUCAGUCUUCUUCGACGCUUCGAAGGGAACGCAUCAGCGGAGCGCUGGCCGACUAUAAAUUAUAAUCUUCUUUGCGCUUUCGCUCAGUAUUCUUCCGUGCGUCGAGUGUGGUGGAGACAGUGAGAGCGCUGUUGCGUUUCGCUCCUCCAUUCUUCUUCACACAGUCGAGCACGGAAGACCAACGGACGCACCACCAGCAACCGAGCAGCAGCGGCGGCGGUGGAAUUCUCUUCACCCGGGCAUGCAGGAAUUUUCACUUUCUACAUCGCAGCCAGCACCGUCGUCCAAGGAAGGAAUUGUUCCAGAAUUUGGGUUUUGCGAAAUCAAAUUCAAACAGUCCUUAUCAGGGCUAACAUUUUGAUUUCUCUGAAAGAGUUAAUGGAAUUCUCCUAUGAAGUGAAGAAAUGUAAGUGCCGACAUUUUGAAACGAACAACUGCGAGAGCGCGAUUGAAGUGCGUGAAUUGGUGGAGGUACGGUACCACGGCCUGGGUGUAAAAUGAAAAUCUGAAAUUUUACGAUGACAAACAAAUUUUACACGCUAACUCAGCCAUUUAUCGAAUAAUUUUCAAAACAUUCAUAUUCUUCCUUCAUUCUUUCUUGACCCUUCGAGGGGGAGACCGAGCCAGUUUCUCCGUUUGCCUUUUCGUUCUUUGACAAGCCGAGCGGGCUGGUCGUCGACGCUAUUCUCGCUUCGGUGCACUUUGCUCAGUAUUCUUCCGUGAGUUGAGUGUGGUGGAGUCGGCGAGAGCGCUGCUGCGUUUCGCUCCUCCAUUCUUCUUCACACUGUCGAGCACGGAAGACCAACGAACGCACCGCCGGCAACCGAGCAGCAGCGGCGGCGGUGGAAUUAAGCUCAUUCGUAAUUUCCCAGUUCGGAAGCGGGUGGGUAAAGCAGCAACGCGUAAUGCGUAAUUUUCUUCACCCGGGCAUGCGGGGAUUUUCAAUUUCAACAUCGCAGGCAGCACCAUCGUCCAAGGAAGGAAUUCUUCCAGAAUUUGGUAUUGCGAACUCAAAUUUAAACAGUCCUUAUCAGGGCUAACAUUUUGAAUUUUCUGAAAGAGUUAAUCGAAUUCUCCUAUGAAGUGAAGACACGUAAGUGCCGACAAAAACCAACAACUACGAGAGCGCGGUUGAAGUGCGUGAAUUGGUGGAGGUACGGUACCACGGCCUGGGUGUAAAAUGAAAAUCUGAAAUUUUACGAUUUUCUUUACAUAAUAGCUUCUUGACACAAUCCUAAUAUAUUUACAAAGCUUUGCGAGAGGAUUGGAAAUUUGCAGAUAAUUUCUUCAACUCAGAAAAAUUGCAAGUUUAAUGAAGAAAUGAAAAUUACUUCCCAGUGUUGCCAAAUUUCAAUGAGUGUUGUGACCGCAAAAUUCAAAAAUCUGUAUGCUCAUUUUUGCCGAAAAAUCUAGAAGAAAACGGUGCGAUUUAUAGAAAUUCUUUGUUAAAUAAUUAAAUAUGAUUAAAUCCAGUCCACCAAUUAGCAAAAGCUUAAUGAUUUGCAUGCUUAGUUUGAUUGCCUAGAAAGCUGUAUGGCAACACUGAUUCUUACCCCUCUCUCAUCUAACCAAUCACGUUCGAGAGGGGAAUCUGAACUGUGUCGUAUAAAGCAAACUGCUUCGUCGCAUCUUACAUUAUUCUUCUUUGACCUACCCUUACGAUUGCAUCGUGCGGAGAGAAAAAUUCCGGCUUGCAGCUCGAGCAUAAAAGAACUCUGCUCUGCUUGGUUGGCAUCAGAAUCCAGUCAGUUGCUGUGGACGAUGGCGGCGAAGAAAACCGGAAAGGCUUCGAAGAAUAAUAAUUCUGGUAUCUCCCAGAAAAGCGUUACGUUUGAGAAUGUAAUCGCUCACAAAAUAACAAAGAGGAGGAAGAAGAGAAAUCGCCGAAUGAAGACAACCAUGGUGUACACCUACCGAGUUAUCCGCCGUCAUGGAAAGAGCAUCCGAGUGACAUUUUCACUUGUUCCGGUGCUUCUACCGUCCAAGUUGAGUUACUCCCCGGCCUAAAAUACACGAACAAAUACAAACGGCCCUUUUCAGGGCCAUCAAAAUAUUCACUAAAGAGUUUAUACCAGAUGUUUGAUGUUUUCCAUUGAAAGUAUCCCUAGAGAAACCUGUAGAGCAACCAUUAUUGAACCAACAAUAAUGACUUUAUUUCAAUUUUAACGAUCGAAUUGGAACUUUUCUUGCUCCAAACGUCUUAACGCUGUCACACAUUGUAAGAAACGUUUAAAAUUGGGAUAUUCUUAUUUCAAUAUUAAAUAACAAAAUUGUCUUCUCGCUAACUGCUUGCAAUCUGAGCUCAAUAAAUCGUUUGAAGUGUUAGGAGGUUCCCUAUCACAGACAUCACAUUCUUAUACCAGGCGUAGGAAGAAAUGAAAGUCCUCUGUAAAAUUCCAAUUUUAGCAGGAGUGCUUUUCAAAGCUUUUCAACAGUGAUACUUGUGAAAGUUUACUUUGUGAAGUGUGGAAUAGUUGAGAAAUCAAACAUGUCGGAUUAUUUGACAAAUAAAUAUGGGCGAAGUUACCGGAAGCGAUUGGCUGACCCUGUAGAAAACUCUUCGAAGCAGCCAAGGACGGAUGCGGAGCGGGCUCGCUGCUAUCGGGCUAGGAUGAAGGCGGCGAAAGGUAAUGCGUCUCCAACCGUUGGUUGGGACGCUGGCGAAGGCCCUUCAACUCGAGGUAGGAGAUUUUAAUAAUUUAUUAGAAAUACGACGGUUAUUUUGCCCAUUCUUUCAACACUUCAAAAUAUGAUGAUUUGAUCUCAUGUUUAUUUUUGAUGUGGUUAUUUUCAUUUAUGCGAUAUACGAAUGAAAAUCCAUUAAAUUCUUGAUAAUUUCUCUAUCAUUAGCUAAUGAUGUACCAAAAAUCCAUUUGAAGGAAUCUUAAUUUGAAAUGUUGAAUCCGCAUUUAUCCAUAUGGUAUUUUAUAAUGAAAUCUUUCUGUUAUUCAUACCACCUUAUUCACCGAGUAUGUUGAAACUUUGUUAACAUUUAUUUACAUUACUUAUUUUCUCAAAAGUAUGGUGCCGUCAUCUUUGAACAUAUUCGUCCCAUUAUCAAUGCAUAUUUACAAUUGUGUUUUCAUUAAAUAUAUUAGAGACAAAUGCUAAGAAUAGAAAUGUGUAUUUCUAAUUUAUCAAAUAAACUAAAGAAAAUUCUUGGAAACUUGAUUAUCAGUCGAUGAUUAAUCAGACAAUGGAACUCUAUAUACAUUUUAUCAAAUAUCGAAAGCAAACUGUUAUUUGCUCAAAAUGUUCAUUGGAAGUUUACAUGCACUUUGAAUCAUGUAAACUGAUGAGAUAUUUAUCUGUAAUUUACCUUGAAUAUAAUUUUAAACAAAUUAUACUUUAUUACACCCGAUUCCAAUAGUCCGGUAUGAACUCAUUAUCGCCUGUCGAAGAUUUAAUGCGAUAUAUAUUUGGUUAUCGCAAAUUUUGCGGGUAUCGGUCAAAACUGUCUUUCUGUCAUAUACUUUGUUUUUAGUGUUUCCUGCAGUGCGUCAACCUGGCGAAGAAGUUGGCAAUGUGGUUGGGGAUCCCCUUGUUGGGGAUGUUUCGUUCAACAUUGAUGACCUUAUGGUCGGUGAUGGCUUUCCGGCACGAAACAUGUUUCACAACCAUCUCAGUCAAAUCUCAUGCUCCACCCUGGUUUCGACCGAUGAUGACAGCAUGCCCGAUCUGAGUAUGCGUGACAACCUGUAUCCUGAGCAUUCAGGGCAGGGUAAGAAACUAUAUUAUUUUUGGAUGUUUAUAGUUAUGAAAACUGUGUUUCUGAUACAUAUUUUAAUCGUAGUGUUCCCACCGGCUCACUUGCUCGGCAAUCGUGCUGACAACAUCAUUGGUAAUCCUGAUGUUGGGGAGAUUUUGGUCAACACUGUUGACCUUAUGGUCGGUGAUGUCUCACCGGCGCGAAAUUCAUUUUCCGAUCAUAUCGAUCAAAUACCGUGUGAUGCCAACACCAUCGAAAACAGCUUGCGUGAAGAACAGGUUGGUUUCUUGAAUCCUGAGCAUUCAGGCCAGGGUAAGUAACAAACAUAAUGUUUUACUGUUUCGAUUUAUUUAAAUAUUAAAAUUUUGUUUGUAGUGCUUCCACCGGUUCCUUCAUUUAAUCUUCAAGUCGGAAUCACCGUUGGUAAUCCCGAUGCCGGAAAUACUUUGGUCAACUUUGAUGACCCUAUGGUCGGUGAUGUCACGCUGACGCAAAACUCAUUCGACGACCAUCAUGACCAAAACUCAUGUGGUUCUGGAACUUUGACAGCCGUCGAAAACGUGCCAGAACAAAACAUUCGUGGCAGACACGUUGGCUUCUCGUCUCCUGAGCAUUCAGGCCAGGAACCAUUUGAGCCGAACCUAGAAGGCGCAACGAAGGAAUUCAAGAAGCGAUUUGUCAACAAUCGUUUUGGAUUCCCUUGUGGCGUAUGCGACAGGCUAUGGUUUUCAAAUGACUUAAAACUGCUCAGUAAUGCCGAAGCGAUGGUGUUAGCCGGCACCAAUUUGGAAACCACAGGCUUGUCUGCAUGCGUCACAUGUAGGACCAGCCUGAAACAUGGAAAGGUUCCAUUGUUGGCUGUAUCAAAUGGCUUCAAGUUUCCAGAUUAUCCGUCGAAUCUGCAUCUACCACCGUUGGACCCGAUCAGUGAGCGCUUCAUUUCGCCACGGUUGCCGUUUAUGCAAAUUCGGCGACUGCGCUUUGCAGCCGGCAGUUACGGCAUCAUUGGUCAGGUGAUAAACGUGCCUGUAGAUGUGGACCAGAUGGUCAGGGAGCUUCCUCGCCAACUCGACGAUGACAGAGCCAUCAAUGUCUCUAUAAAGAAACAUUUGGUGCACAAGACCAGCUACCUGUCUGGAUGGGUGAAGAAGGCAACUAUCAGAGCCUGGUUGCAGUAUCUGGUGACUACUCCUCUUUACCGUCACUACGGUAUAACCUUCAGCGAGGAUAACCUGCAGGCCAUCGAUAUCCACCCUCGAGUUGAUGAUGCCAUCGAAAACCUGGAAAGUGAAAACGACAUCGAAAUGCUGAUUGGGCAGCAGCAGACCUUGCUUUGGAAUGAGGAUAAAUGUUUGGAGAUAGCUCCGGGGCAGAAUAGAGUGCCAUUGUCCAUCAUUUACGAUGAGCACGCUGAGGAGCUGUCAUUUCCGGAUAUUUAUCUUGGACAACCAAGAAGGUUCAAUUCGGAAAUACGAGUGACGCCGUUCAUGAUGGCUACCAGUGAAUUGCGGCGUCGGGAUCGACGGGCAGCCAAACCGAAGCAUCUCCUGUAUGUGGCAAUGAAGAUUCUUCGUCUACGCGUUUCUGAAGGACUUCAAAACACAUUUCGGUGUAUGGGAACCGCAAAUAUUACACGCGAAAUGCUGAAUGACAGGGAAUUUCUCGAGCAAUGCAUCGAUCGAAACCUGUCUUUCUUAAAGUCGAUCCCAAAUUCGGUGCAGUAUUGGCAGCAGCGCAAACGUGAUCUAUUUGCGAUGAUCCGGCAGCUGGGGAAACCCACAAUGUUCCUGACUUUGAGUGCCAGUGAGACAAAAUGGCCACUUCUACUGGAAACACUGCAGAGAUUGUCAGGAGGAAAUAUAAAUGGCAACGUUAUGCAGACGCUAUCGGCUUUACAACGGGCAACACUCGUGAACGAAGAUCCAGUGACUUGCUGUGUGUACUUCAACAAACUUGUUGAUGUUAUAAUGCAACUCUUGCAGUCUUCGAGGUACAGCCCGUUUGGAGAGUACCGUGUUGUGGAAUUCUUCAAGCGGAUCGAGUUCCAACAUCGCGGAAGUCCCCACGCCCACAUACUGCUCUGGUUAAACAACGAUCCCAAUGAAGCAGUUUCGGAGAACAUGCCCGCCACAGCGCAUCUGAUCGAUAGCCUUUGCUCCGUAAAGGCAGUUGAUCUACCGGAAAGCUACGGAAACCAAGUGCAUAAGCACACCUUCACUUGCUUCAAGCGGGGCGAGAAAAGCUGCCGGUUCAAUAUCCCGUACUGGCCGACGGAUCAAACUAGGGUAUUGCUGCCACUUCCGGUGGAUGAUGGACGCCGUACACAGCUGAAGAAACGAUCCACCGAAAUACACAAUCUGUUGGAGACCAAAACGUUCGAAACGUUCGCCGAGUUUCUCCACGGUUGCAAGUGUACGAUUGAAAGUUAUCUCGAUAUUAUUCGUGCAUCGAUAAAACGGCCAACCGUGUUGAUCAAACGCUCGAUGACAGAGCUAUGGACCAACCCGUUCAACCCGUGGAUCGCCAACAUUUUGCAGUCAAACAUGGAUCUUCAGUUCAUUCUCGAAGAGUUCUCUUGUGCAGCGUACGUAGUCGAGUACGUCAACAAGGCAAAUCGCGGCAUAAGCAGUCUUCACCGUGACCUUGUGCAGCUUUCAGAGCAGUUCCCGGAUUGUGACCAUUUGUCGCUGCUGAAGAAAGUCGGCCUCAAGAUGCUGAACUCUGUCGAAAUGUCUGCACAAGAAGCUGCAUGGUAUCUCCUACGCCAACGGACAUCGGUUGCAGAUCGGACAUCGGGCCAGCAGAAAAGUAGAAUUCAUCCCAACCAUGUGGCCGCACGAGAGGACCAAGACACGGAAGCGUACGCAGCAAAUGAACGAGGAAGGAAUUGCGGACGAUUCUACCGACAUUUGGACAUCCAAUGUGGUUCAAAAGUACGAAGCACGUGAGGAAUUGGAUGAU